AUGGUAGGACCAGCCACCCACGCUCACCUCGCCGGCACCGCCGCGCUCCUCCUGUUGGUGGCCACCAUCCCAGCGACGACAGUUGCCGUGGUGCCAUCGGAGGUCGACGCCCUUCUGGCCUGGAGGGCCAGCCUGGACGACCCGGCCACGCUGUCCAACUGGACCAGCGCCGCGCCGGCCUGUGACUGGGUCGGCGUGUCCUGCGAUGCCGCCGGACACGUCCGGGCGCUAAGGCUUGAGGGACUCGGUCUCUCGGGCGGGCUCGGCUCGCUCGACACCAUCGCGCUCCCGGCGCUUGCCAUUUUGAACCUCGCAGGGAACAACCUCAACGGGGAAAUCCCGGCUAGCAUCUCGCUACUGCGCUCCAUCAACGAACUCAACCUCAGCAGCAAUUGUUUCAACAGCUCCAUCCCGCCGCAGCUCGGUGACAUGCCCGGCCUCCAGUCCCUCAGCCUCCGCAACAACAGCCUUUUCGGAGACAUCCCGCGCCAGCUCUGCAGGCUCCUUCCCGUCAGGGAACUCGACCUGUCAAACAACCAGCUCACGGGGAACCUCCCGGACUGUUGGUGCAAGCUCAAGGCUCUGCAGUACAUCAACUUGUCAAAAAAUCGGCUCAUAGGCAACCUGCCGAACUGCUGGUGCAAACUCCAGGCUCUGCGAUACAUCAAUCUGUCAAAAAACUGGCUCGCCGGGAAUCUCCCGGACUGCUGGUGGAAUCUGCAAGCUCUGCAUUCCAUGAACCUGGCCAAUAACUCCUUCUCAGGUGAAAUCCCCGUGACCAAGGCAAACCACAACUGCUCUCUCACCCUCCUAAAACUUAACAAAAAUGCCUUUGUUGGAACCAUCCCACACCUAGAGGGUUGUGACUCGCUGGCAACCCUCGACCUCAGCCACAAUAGGUUCAACGGCUCCAUCCCACCACAACUCGGUGAUAUCCGCAGCCUCAUCAACCUCCAGCUCUACAAUAACAACCUCACUGGGGCCAUCCCGCACCAGCUCUGCGGGCUCCUCUCCAUGAGAAUACUCUAUUUGUCAAACAAUCGGCUCACCGGGAACCUCCCGGACUGCUGGUGGAAUCUACAGGCUCUGCAGCUCAUGGACCUAUCCAGGAACUCCUUCACAGGUGAAAUCCCCGCGACUAAGGCAAGUCACAACUGCUCUCUCAUUUCCCUAAAUCUCGCCAAAAAUUCCUUCACUGGAACCUUCCCAGACCUAGAGGGCUGCAACUCGUUGGCCAUCCUCGACCUCGGCAACAAUAAGCUAACUGGGAAGCUCCCUGGCUGCUGGUGGAACCUGGAGGCUCUAGAGUUCAUGGACCUGUCUGACAACUCCUUCUUAGGUGAAAUCCCUCUGGCUAAGGCAGGACACAACUGCUCUCUCGAGUCAUUGUACCUUUCCGGAAAUGGCUUUGUUGGUGUCUUCCCACAGGUCCUAAGAGCCUGCAACUCGCUGGCCACCCUAGACAUCGGGAACAAUAGGUUCUUUGGUGCUCUCCCUCCAUGGAUUGUGAUUUGGGUUCAAUCAAUGAGAAUCCUUAGGCUCAGAUCAAACAACUUCACCGGAGAAUUUCCUUUCGAGCUAUCACAACUUUCUCAGCUUCAGUUGCUCGACAUGGCAAACAAUAGCUUCAUUGGAGCAAUUCCGGUAGCCUUCGGAAACUUGACCUCCAUGAGGCGUCCACAUAAUAUGUCAACUCUGAGACCGCUCGACGGAUUAAAAUAUUGGGAUAAGAUCAAAAUAAACUGGAAGGGGCAAGAGCGAACUUUCAACGGAAAACUAGAGUUAAUAAGUGGUAUUGAUGUGUCGGACAAUUUGUUAUCUCGGUGCAUCCCUGAAGAGCUAACCAAACUUCAGGGCAUCCAGUUCCUGAAUCUAUCAAGAAAUCACCUGUCAUGCAACAUUCCUGAAGACAUUGGCAGUUUGACUUGUCUCGAGUCCCUUGAUGUGUCAUCUAAUGGACUUACAGGAGCAAUUCCUCCCAGCAUGUCGAGCUUAUCAUGGCUAAACUCGUUGAAUGUCUCGAACAAUCUUUUGUCGAGCAAGAUACCCACUGGGAGUCAGAUGCAAACCCUGACUGACCCAUCAAUUUACUCUAAUAAUUCUGGGCUCUGUGGAUUUCCUCUCGACAUGUGUGCAAAUACUUUGCUUUCACCAAAUGAGAGAAAUGGCGAAGAUGAGGAUCAGUGGUUGUGCUAUUGGGUGAUUGCUGGGAUUGUGUUUGGUUUCUGGCUAUGGUUUGGUAUGCUCUUUAGAGUUAAGGCUUGGAGAUGUGCUUUUCUCUUCUUUGUGGAUGGUGUGCAAUGUAAGAUUAUGAAGAAGGUGUCACGUUAGCUAUGUUAUUACUGGUUGUGUUCUCUACAAUAUGAUACCAAUAUCAUCAAUUC